ACCAUGAAGGGCAACGGCAGCAGCGCGCUGCUCAACGCCUCCCAGCAGGCGGCCGGCGGCGGGGACGGGGCGCGGCCGCGCCCCUCUUGGCUGGCCUCCGCGCUCGCCUUCAUCCUCAUCUUCACCAUCGUGGUGGACAUCCUGGGCAACCUCCUGGUCAUCCUGUCCGUGUACCGGAACAAGAAGCUCAGGAACGCAGGAAACAUCUUUGUGGUGAGCCUAGCGGUGGCAGACCUCGUGGUGGCCGUGUAUCCGUACCCGCUGGUGCUGACGUCGAUAUUUAACAAUGGGUGGAAGCUGGGAUAUCUGCACUGCCAAAUUAGCGCUUUUCUGAUGGGCUUGAGUGUCGUCGGCUCCAUCUUCAACAUCACUGGGAUCGCCAUUAACCGCUACUGCUACAUCUGCCACAGUCUCAAGUACGACAGGCUGUACAGCAACAAGAACUCCGUCUGCUACGUGUUCCUCAUCUGGGUGUUGACCUUCGUGGCCAUUGUGCCCAACCUGCGCACCGGGACGCUCCAGUAUGACCCGCGGAUCUAUUCCUGCACGUUCACACAGUCCGUCAGCUCCGCGUACACCAUAGCUGUGGUGGUUUUCCACUUCAUCAUUCCUAUGGUCAUAGUCAUCUUCUGUUACCUGAGAAUAUGGAUCCUGGUUCUUCAGGUCAGACGGAGGGUGAAACCUGACAACAAACCCAAACUGAAACCACAGGACUUCAGGAACUUUGUCACCAUGUUUGUGGUUUUCGUCCUUUUUGCCAUUUGCUGGGCUCCUCUGAACUUCAUUGGUCUGGCUGUGGCCUCGGACCCAGCCAGCAUGGUACCCAGGAUCCCAGAGUGGCUGUUUGUGGCCAGUUACUACAUGGCGUAUUUCAACAGCUGCCUGAACGCGAUUAUAUAUGGACUACUGAACCAAAAUUUCAGAAAGGAGUACAGGAGAAUUAUAGUCUCGCUGUGCACAGCCAGGAUGUUCUUUGUGGAUAGUUCUAAUGAUGUAGCAGAUAGAAUUAAAUGCAAACCGUCUCCAUUAAUGACCAACAAUAAUCUAAUAAAGGUGGACUCUGUUUAAAAAAGCA